UCUCUUUAUAAACAAAGGCUGAGCAGCGAGCCUGAUCAGACUAAAGCAAACCUGCUUUUCCCGCUACAACCGUUCUGUACACCAAGGAUUACUGGGUUGCCGUCGUUGGAUUUAUUCGCCAGCAUCUACAAUCGUCUGUUUUAGCACAAUGACUCUGAAUAAGGGUGACAAAUUGCGGAAUAUGGACAAGAGAAGAGGGAGUGUCCCGUUUCCAGUCAACCUCCCCAACCUGCACAGGAGAAGCAUGCCGGUGGACGACCGGGACCUGCGCGCAACGACACCGCAGACGGGACAAACGGACGAAUUGUCCAACCUCCUGCGCUGCUCGUCCUACUCCCCCAGCGAGGAGCACAGAGGCAGCUGCGCCUCGGAUUCCUCCGACUCUGUCAUCUCCACCGGCAGCGAGGCGGAAUCCCAAGUGUACAAAGUGGUUCUUCUCGGGGAGCACGGCGUCGGCAAAUCCAGUCUGGCGCGCGUUUUUGGAGGAGUUGAGGAUGUCGGUCACGACUACGAUGAAGCAGGAAACACGUAUGACAGAUCUCUUGUGGUGGAUGAAGAAGAGGCUUCUAUUCUGUUGUAUGACAUCUGGGAGCAGGAUAACAGCCAGUGGCUGAAGGACCAGUGCAUGAGGAUGGGUGACGCCUACAUCAUUGUGUACUCAGUGACAGAUAAAUCAAGCUUUGAGAAGGCAUCAGAGCUUCGCAUUCAGCUGCGACGCGCCAGGCAGUCAGAAAACAUUCCCAUAAUCCUUGUCGGCAACAAGAGUGACCUUGUGCGUUCCAGAGAAGUUUCUGUGGAUGAGGGAAGCGCAUGUGCAGUCGUGUUUGACUGCAAAUUUAUUGAGACGUCUGCUUCUCUUCACCACAACGUGCAGGAUCUAUUCGAGGGCAUUGUCAGACAGAUCCGCUUAAGGAAAGACAGCAAAGAGGAGAACGCACGACGCAUGGCCAACUGCAGGCGCAGGGAGAGCAUCAGCAAGAAGGCGAAACGGUUUCUGGGGCGCAUGGUCGCACGCAAGAACAAGAAAAUGGCUUUUAGGCAGAAGUCAAAGUCCUGCCAUGACCUCACCGUUCUCUGAGCGACACACGGGACAUAAAGACUUGUUUUUUUCAUUUCCUUUUGGCCUCUGAAGACCUGAUGCUGUGUGUGUUUAAACACUAAUCCUAAAGGACUAAUAGAGCUGUACAAAAUAUAUUUUUUGUUUUUAGACAUUCAUUUAAAGUGAAUACAAAAGGUGAUGAUACAGAAUGGCUCAUGUUUAAAAGUCAUAUCCUGAUGAUGGUGAUAACCUGCAUGAAACUUUGCAAACAUGGUAUUUGAUUUAAUAAUCUGCCUUAAACAUUUUGCAAUGACAAGAAGAACCUUUGGUUUGACAAAGUCAAAAUCUUAUAUCCAAUGGGUUGCAAAGAUUGCCUUGUUUUUGAACAGUCGUGAUGUUUUGGUGGACAGGUUUGUGUAAAUAUGAGAGAAGCUGAAGGCAGCAAACAUCUCACCACUCUCUGAGAUUACAUUACUAGGUUAUCUGGAAUCAUAUUUACUUGAAACAUGGUGCGCAGGUUCGUACCUUGGCCAAGUUAUCAAGAGCGAAUCAAAAGUAAAUCUCAGUUACUGUUUGUUGUUCAAAUACACUGAAUACAGGUUGUGAAUGUAUGAGUAAAGCAAUAAGUUAUAUAUUAGUCUUGUGAACCUUGAAAUGAACAAAAAUGUUUUGUUUACUUUGACUUUGUUUCUAAAUAAACUCCAAAAUAAAAAUG